AUCAAGGUGCAAUUUGUCAAGGAACAUUUUCUCAAAUAUCAGCGAUAAUUCAUCAGUCUUUGCUUCCCAGUCAUAAAMUGCAGCUGCUGUGUUGUUUGAGCACAUUACAUCUUCAGCUGCCUGGCCGUUGCCUUUCUACACAAUCCUACUUGGCUCUCGUCUCCCUUCACAGYGCAGGCUGGGCUUUCUCCCAUUGACUUGGAUUCCUCCGGUAGAAUUUCAACCAAUCAGCGAACAGAAGGAGAAACGGUGAACAAURACGUUGAUUUUCUGCGSCGUCUUAGUUUUAGCAAUGUGARCGGAAGAAGUGAACGAAGCCAUUCAGUCCAUGUUGGCCUCGCUUCCAAAUAUGGAAUCAACAUUAACAGCCGCCUUGAUCGGAUCAGCACUUCUCUCUUCUAAUUGGGGAACGRUUGUUUACAGUGGAGGCAAUUUCUGCAGAGUGCCUUCACCUCCACCUGCACAGAGCGUAGCAGAUGGGCACCUGGCUCUGAGGGCGUCAUGGAGACGGAGGGCGCCGCCGUUCGCUCCAUCUACUACGGCCGGAUCGGGAGCAAAGUCACCGAGAAGCUGCUGGAGAUGUUCGGACGCGACGGCAGCUUUCUGCUGAGAGACAGCGAGACGGUGCCCGGGGCCUACUGUCUGUGCGUGAGGAAGGCGCCCUUUGUACACACCUACAGGCUGGAGCGCGACGGCGGCGGCUGGUACCUCCAGGAUUUAAGAGGAAGACUGCUGAGAUUUGGGACUGUUGAGUCRCUGAUCGAUCACCACAGAAGCCACCCGGCCUGCCAUCAGGGCGUAGCUCCCCUCAGCCUUCCUCUGGACAGAGCGACGGUACCGAGCAACUGGAUUCAAGGACUCGUCUACAUGGAGAUGAACAGCGGCRGCAGCCAGUCUGGCCAGUGAGACCCCGUCGUCACGCCGACCGCUCUCAGAUCAUCUUCUUCCAUCUGUUGAUUCAGCCUUUCCCAUAUUUAUUUUUGUAUUACCGUUUGUAUUUUCUGACAUACCUUUUGAAAUAAAUGUGAAACUUUUGGUGUUUAAA